CCUACACGGAAGCAGAAGGCUGAAGCCUGGAGGAAUGGCAGUGGUCUUUCAGUUUUGCAAGGACUAGAGCUGCUGGGUGAUCGCUAAGAAGAUUGACGCCCCUACUUUCAAGAAUGCCGCACGCUGAAGCUACCUCCCCUAGGCCUAUUCUCAAGUCGCAAGAGUCGCACGAACGCAUAGCCCCUAGUUCCUACCUCGGCCUGGAUUAUACGGUCUCGCCUCGUCAGACGCCUCGAUCAGUAUCAAUCGCUCAAAACGCGGAGAUAAUAUCGCCACUCAUUCUAGGGAGGCAGAAGACGUUUGACGAGUUCCCGCUCGACGAUGACCGAACUGUCCGCAGGCCUUCAGUAAGGAGUCCACGCUUGCAUCGCCUCUCUGGACGAGCGUCUAAUGCAAGUCCAGCACUUAAGCCAUUCUCGCCGGAGCUUGGGUCUAUUAAGCAAGAACAGGAUACCCGCGCACCUUAUUCGACAGCGCAGGUUGAUCGCUUGGUCGAACAGGUUUCAGCGUGGAUUACAAUCGAACGGGCCAAGCGUGCAAAGCUCGAUGCUGUGACUGCUGCCCCGGACGGGGAUACUGGAAGCAGUGGCGGUCAUCUGCAUCGUCCCGACUUCGACCUGGAUCAGUUGGAACAGAUCUUGAAACUCAAUCUCAGCCUUCCGUAUCUGCCUAAAUCUGACUCCUUUUCGCGCCUGCAACGACGGAGCUCCCUAAAGAGGUUGCAGCGCAAGUCGUCCAGCGCGAGUGCUUCAUCGGGGGAUGACUACUUCGGCGGCGAGUCACUUGUGCCGGCUUGUGACGCUCUUCUUGACAACUCCCGAACGCUCGCAUACGGCGACGGUGCGUCCGACGACUCAGACGAUUCCAGCUCAAAUGAGUUGACUCGAGUGACAUCAUACCGCGAUCAAGCGGCGUGGACGCACUUCAAAUAUGAGAUUGUCCGCCUGGCUCACACCUUGCAUCUCAAACGGUGGCGAAGUGUACCCUUGGACUUGAGCGGUGCAGUCAACGUACAGCGUCUGAGUGGCGCUCUCACCAACGCUGUGUACGUCGUCACGCCUCCGUCGAAUCUCCCAAGCCUCCAUGACCAUGAAACGAACGGCACCCGUCAUCGGAGACACCGACACCUUCCGCCUAAGCUACUAAUGCGCAUAUACGGUCCCAACGUGGAGCACUUGAUUGACCGUGAUGCGGAGCUCGCUAUGCUUCGCCGAUUAGCACGCAAACACAUCGGGCCGCGACUGCUUGGCACAUUCGCCAACGGUCGCUUUGAAGAGUAUUUCCACGCUGUACCACUGACACCGAAGGACCUGCGAAACGCGGAGACGAGCAGACAAAUUGCAAAGCGUAUGCGCGAGCUGCAUGAUGGUAUAGAGCUUUCAGACCAUGAGCGUGACCAAGGUCCUUUCGUAUGGCGGAAUUGGGAUCGGUGGAUGCCAAGGGUAGAACGGAUAGUCAGUUGGCUGGAUACACAGAUCAAGACACUAGAGCCCGGCGUCAAACCAAAGGGUACCCAGGCUUGGAAGAAGCGUGGCUUUGUCUGUGGGUUGCCUUGGGAGCGGUUCCGGGAAGUUGUGGCAAGAUACCGCAAAUGGCUCUACGAGGAGUACGGCGGCGAGCAAGCGGUCAACGAGAAGCUUGUCUUCGCGCACAACGAUACACAGGGUGGCAACAUUCUCCGCCUAGUCCCACCCGGUGACUCUCCGCUGCUGCUACCCGCAAACACGCACAAGCAGCUAGUCGUGAUUGACUUUGAGUACGCCAAUGCCAAUCCACCAGGCAUGGAGUUCGCCAAUCACUUCACGGAGUGGUGCUAUGACUAUCACCAUAAACGCAGACCGUAUGCUAUUCAUACAAAUCGUUACCCAACGCCCGAGGAGCAGGACCGCUUUGUCCGGGCGUAUGUGCGACAUAAGCGAGAAUAUCACGUCCUGACACCGUCGACCAGCCCUGAGACUCCGUUCAAGCUGCCGAGGAGAGGCACUUCGAGCAGCUUGACAGAGCUCACGCUUGAUGCUCGAACGCCGUAUCAAGGAAGCGUGAUCACGCCGCAGCCAGCAGACGACUUGGCAGAUAAAGAGGCUGAAGACGUUGAGGUCAAGCGCUUGAUGCACGAGACCCGUCUCUGGCGGCUUGCCAACACAGCGCAGUGGGUUGCGUGGGGCGUUGUACAAGCGGUAGUUCCGGGGUUGGCUUCAGGGUCAUCACGGAGCGAAAGUGAAGCGGAGGCUUCGGAGCAUGGAGAUGAAGUGAAGCACGACUCUGGCGUUAUUGCUGGAAAGGAGACUGCAACAGUGCAACAACACGAUAUGAGGCCACCAGAAGAAGAGGAGACGCCGGAGUUCGAUUAUCUCGGUUACGCUCACCAUAGGGCAAUGUUUUUCUGGGGUGAUGCCUUGCAACUCGGCCUUAUCAAGGAGGAGGAGCUCCCGGAGGAAGUGAGGAGGAAGGUGAAGACUGUACCGUACUAAAGGUAGCUGAAUAUUGUGGUGAUCUCAACAGGCGGUACACCUUCACAGCCGCAUAACUGCAGCAUCAUGCCGCGUAGCAUCUCAAUACUCCAAGCGUGCAGAGACGCCUAGACCCUUGGAGCUCAUCGCGCCGGUCCUUUUUCACCCCAGACUGCAAACAUAUUACUGAUGUUCUCCUCCGACACAAGAACCCGCAUACUCCACUUCAUUACGUCUGCGAUGCUGAUAUCAUGACCAGCUUGACGCAGUACGGACCAUGAAUGCGAGGUUGGAGCACCCAG